AAAAAAUCAAAUGAUUUGCCAUCCAAGUGUUCUUAGUUUAGCACUUUUUGCCGUAAUAAAUAUAUAGCCUCCAUUGGUUGAUAAAGGCAGCCUCUGCCUCAGCGCUCACCACUGACCGUGAGUAACCCCGCCCAUUUAUGUUAAAUAAAGCACAGUCGCGCUGUGAUUGGUCAGGUAAAAGCCCAUUUAUUCGCUGACAUCCCCAUCACAUGAAUGGUUGUCUAUUAACUUGUUCAAAAAGUAUCAGGAGUUGUCAAGGCUCUGGCGAAGAGGGAAAAGUAGUUUGUUGAUUCUUUGAGACCAAGAGAGAAGUUUGUGGACACAACAGGACCUACUCGGUGAAGGCAUAGAGUCGUUUGGUUAUUGCUGUAAAGUUACUGUACCCGACAGACUUCCUAACUACCUCUUGGUUGGAGUUUUUUCUCAUUUUUUUCAUCGGUUUGGCAAGUUUCAUAAAAAUCUGUUUAAAAUGUAUAACAUGAUGGAAACAGAACUUAAACCCCCUGCACCUCAGACCAAUACUGGGGGGACUGGGAACACGAAUUCAUCGGGAAACAACCAGAAAAAUAGCCCGGACCGCGUCAAGAGACCGAUGAAUGCCUUUAUGGUUUGGUCGAGGGGACAGCGGAGAAAGAUGGCACAGGAGAACCCCAAAAUGCACAAUUCGGAAAUUAGCAAAAGACUCGGGGCCGAGUGGAAACUUCUAUCCGAGAGCGAGAAGCGACCUUUCAUCGACGAAGCGAAGCGUCUCCGGGCUCUUCACAUGAAGGAGCACCCGGAUUACAAAUACCGACCCCGCCGGAAAACCAAGACGUUGAUGAAGAAGGACAAGUACACUCUGCCAGGUGGGCUCCUCGCGCCGGGCGGUAAUGGCAUGGGUGCAGGAGUGGGUGUAGGGGCCGGGUUAGGCGGAGGGGUGAACCAGCGGAUGGACAGUUACGCUCACAUGAACGGCUGGACCAAUGGAGGUUAUGGCAUGAUGCAGGAACAGCUUGGCUACCCGCAGCACCCGGGCUUAAACGCACACAAUACGGCUCAGAUGCAGCCCAUGCACCGCUACGACAUGAGUGCGCUCCAGUACAACUCCAUGACCGGCUCCCAGACCUACAUGAACGGGUCCCCAACGUAUAGCAUGUCCUACUCUCAGCAGACCAAUCCAGGAAUGACGCUGGGCUCCAUGGGCUCGGUGGUCAAGUCAGAGUCCAGCUCCAGUCCACCCGUUGUCACGUCGUCCUCUCACUCCCGGGCUGGUCAGUGUCAGACGGGGGACCUUCGGGACAUGAUCAGCAUGUACUUACCGGGCGCUGAGGUACCCGAGCAAACGGCCCAAAGCAGACUCCACAUGUCCCAGCAUUACCAGAACGCACCUGUGCCCGGCACGACGAUUAACGGCACGCUCCCCUUAUCACACAUGUAAAUGUUCUUUUAUAAGAAAAAUUGGACUACUCUGGACUAUUUUUGUACAGCAAAUUUGGGGUGGGAAAGAUGUAUAGAACUCCAGGAGAGAACACAAACCUUUUUUUUUCUUUCUAUAAAGAAACGUUCCAAAGGAACGAUAGACACUGAGAAAGUUUUCAAUGGUGUAAGAGUUUGGAAAGUAGAAAGUGGGAGGCUCAAUCAGAUGUUUUAUUAUUUCAAUCACCUUUUGUACAGUAUUUAUCUAAGGAACAUUCAAUCAAAUGAAAUGUUUGUUAAAGAAAACAAAGGUUACUGUUUCUAUAAACAUAAGUUCUGUUCUGGAAAUGGCAGCACUGGGAUUGAAUUCAAUGCUCCUUAAACUGCAUAUUGGAGGGGAGGGGGAUAAAGCGAAGCAGGUAAAUGUUUCUCUUUGAAGAACAACAUUACUUAACCAUUUUAAUUUCGUCAAAAAAGUAAACAGACAUAUUCUCAUAUGCAGGUUAAACACACUUGUUUAUUUAUAUUUUGUCUCCCACUUUUCAUCUGUUAGAAGUAUGACAUUUGUGUUCUUUAUUUUCUAAUGAUUUGUACAAUUUCUGUAUAUUUACUGUGAUAUUUGAAGUUUUUAUUUCAAAUCCCAUUCCCGUAGAUGUAUUUUGCAAUUUGGCCUGUACGCAGCUGCCAACACCCCAUGUAUAUAUAUUCGAACUAAUAUCAUCAUUAUAACAGUAAGAAAUUUCAGCUGAGUUUUUUUUCAAUAUGCAGUUUGAAAUGAAUAAAUUUUGGAAAUUUGGAUACUUGA